ACCACACAAUCACAUAAUGACAAACACAGUGAACACACAUAAGCCCGAGGAGGAGAUCAAAGCCGAACAACACGAGGGUUCGGCGUCGGACACGGACUCGGAUGAGAACGAGUCGGACGACGUGCCGGAUCUGGUGGGCGAUGGAGAGGCCGGCGCCGACGGCAAAGACAAGGCCGGCAACGCUCUCUUCGACGAAAGCGGAUCCAAAGCCAAACAGUCGCGCAGCGAGAAGAAGGCCCGCAAAGUGAUGUCCAAAUUGGGUCUCAAACAAGUGACGGGCGUUAAUCGGGUGGCGAUCCGCAAGUCUAAGAACAUCCUAUUCGUGAUCAACAAACCGGACGUCUAUAAGUCGCCGGCGAGCGACACAUACAUCGUGUUCGGAGAGGCGAAGAUCGAGGACUUGUCCCAAAAGGCACAGAUGGCCGCCGCAGAGAAGUUCAAGGCUCCGGAGGCGGGCGCCGGCGGACUCGCCAGCGGUCUGGAAGCGGUCGCUGCGGGUAUUAAUCAGCCGACGACUGCGCCGAUCGCCGAAGAGUCCGAUGAGGAGCAGGAGUUGGAUGAGAGCGGUGUGGAGGCCAAGGAUAUAGAGCUGGUCACGAGUCAGGCCAACGUACCGACCGGUGGACAGCAGCUGACCAUCUAUGAUGUGCCGAACGAACUUCUGCACCAAAUACUGUCCAAAUUGGACAUAAUAUCGCGACUAAAUGCCGAAAGAGUGUGCACUCAAUGGCGAGCAGUCGUGAACGCAAUCUUCGUCUCAAUACACACCCUAUCGAUCGACGAGAGAACAUAUUUGGGCCAAAUUGUGUUCACAGAAACGGCCACUAAAUGGUAUGGAAGCUAUUCGUGUCAAUUCGAGCCGCAAACGGCUCCAGAAGAAGAGACCUUUCGGCGGGACAUAUCUCUUGUUGUGGCCAAAUAUCAUAGCAUUGACAGUCUUUUCGGCAAAUUUCAUACCCUUCGCGACGGUCUCAUCAAAUUGUUGUGCGAAAAGUGCGGACCAAAGCUCCGAUACCUCGACAUCGAGUCCGACAACGACAACAGCCUUCGGAUCACUCGAUCGGAGGCACAACUCGUGGCCCAGAAUUGUCACGAUUUGACCCGUUUUCAUAUUCGGACCACAAAUGGCGUAUCGAUCGACGAGUCGGACAUUGGGUUACUGUUGGAAGGGUUGCCGAAUGUCAAGACAUUCAUAUUAGACUUUCCGGUCGCCCAACAAUAUGGGGGACAAGUGUUUGAACACAUGAACGCUGGCGUCGAAGUGAUCAACACUUCGGGCCAUUUGUUGAACGCGAACGCAAUCACCCGAUUGAUCGCCAAAGGCGUGGAUCAGUUGCGAUCGCUUACUAUUACUCGCUUUGAUCCAAACUGUAUGGAUACGAUUGGCCAACACUUCCCGACUAUUAAACAUUUAUAUUUAGACCUCGUUUUGGGAGUCGUCGACGACAAUGAGUUCCCAUUGGGACCACUAUUCGCGUCGAUAUCUCGUCUGGAAAACCUGGAAUUGUUGACAAUAUGUUUGCGCAUAAACUGCACAGACAUUGACAGCCGAGCCAUCGAAGAGCUCAGAGGGUGUCCUAAACUGAACGCAUUGAACAUUGUUUGUGGAUUUCUCGCCGAAGAUUGUAUGGAAGGGAUCGCAAAGUUUGUCCCAAAUUUGACUAAACUUAGUCUCGAUUGGUGUGAGUUUACGUCCGAUGAUAUGAUGGCGUGUUUGGCAUCGAUUGAAGACAUGCGACAGUUGGCGGAGUUGUCGCUGAAGGGCAACAAAAGUGUGACCGACAUUGAGUUCCAU